GUUCUCUCCAGGUGAUGAAUAAGACUCGUAAGAUAAUGGAGAAUGGAGGCACCUCAUUCAUCAACGCCUUUGUGACCACGCCUAUGUGCUGUCCGUCUCGCUCGUCCAUGCUGACAGGGAAGUAUGUUCACAAUCACAACACGUACACCAACAACGAGAACUGUUCUUCGCCGUCCUGGCAGGCCCAGCAUGAACCACGCUCCUUCGCUGUCUACCUCAACAACACGGGAUACAGGACAGCGUUCUUUGGGAAGUAUCUGAACGAGUACAACGGUAGCUACGUCCCUCCCGGGUGGCGUGAAUGGGUGGGGCUCAUCAAAAACUCUCGCUUUUAUAAUUACACCGUCUGUCGGAACGGUUACAAGGAGAAACACGGCGUGGAGUAUUCCAAGGACUAUUUCACGGACCUGAUCACCAACGACAGUAUCAACUUCUUCCGUAUGUCCAAGAAGGUGUACCCUCACCGGCCAGUGAUGAUGGUCCUCACCCACGCUGCCCCCCACGGGCCGGAGGACUCAGCCCCACAAUACGCAGAGAUGUUCCCUAAUGCCUCCCAACACAUGUGA